GCUUUCCGUUAGCGUCGGACAUCCGGUGAAACUCCCUCCGUGGUGGAGGAGCUGUUCUCUGAAGGGAAACCAGUCACGGGACCGGAUCUUCCAGUCGAUGGCCCAAUCAAAGUUUGGCCACUGGUCCCCUGCAUCGUUUGAAUGAGGAAUGCUGGGCGGCUCCAACGGCCUCGUUCACACAGAGCCAUCGACGCUCAUCUCAUCGAAACUGCUGCGGCUCCACAUACAGAUGCUGUGAAGAAUCUGGUCGGACUGGUAGGUCGCUCCACACACAGGUUUCAGGUCAGAGGGAAGGACACUGGGACUCCGCCUCCAUGGACGACGUCCUUAAAAGCCAAGAACAAGAGCCACAGUGUUCAUUCAACUGCCCAACCCGAGCCUGAGCUUCAGAGACGCUGCACCCGCCUCCAACAGGAAAGAAAGAUCUCAUCAUGGUGUCUAUGGGACGACAGAUGCUGGGCUUUGUCCUGGCCAUCAUUGGCUUCCUGGGGACCAUCAUCGUGUGCGCCCUGCCCAUGUGGAAGGUCACGGCCUUCAUCGGCGCCAACAUCGUGACGGCGCAGGUCAUCUGGGAAGGCUUGUGGAUGAACUGUGUCACGCAGAGCACCGGGCAGAUGCAGUGCAAGAUCUACGAUUCUCUCCUGGCGCUGCCUCAGGACCUCCAGGCCGCCAGGUCCCUCAUCGUCAUCGCCAUCAUCGUCUCCGCCCUGGGGGUUCUCCUGGGCAUCGCUGGGGGCAAGUGCACCAACUUCAUCGAGGACCCAAACUCCAAAGCCAAGGUGGCCAUCGCUGCCGGGAUUAUCUUCAUCAUUGCCGGGGUUCUCGUCCUCAUCCCAGUCUGCUGGUCGGCCAACACCAUCAUCAGGGAUUUCUACAACCCCCUCAUGACCAACGCUCAGAGGAGAGAAGUGAACACCAUGACUUCCAUGGGGAUGCAGAUGGCGGGCUGCGCUCUGGGCCUCCUGGGCUGGAUCGGGGUGAUCAUCGCCUGCGCCGCGCCCAUGUGGCGGGUCUCUGCUUUCAUCGGCAGCAACAUCGUGACCUCGCAGACCUUCUGGGAGGGCAUCUGGAUGACCUGCGUGGUCCAGAGCACAGGCCAGCUGCAGUGCAAGAUCUACGACUCCAUGUUGGCUCUGAGCGUAGACCUCCAGGCGGCCCGGGCCCUGAUGGUGGUCUCCAUCGUCGCUGGCAUCAUUGGGAUCUUCAUCGCCUUCGCCGGAGGAAAGUGCACCAACUUCAUUCCGGAUCAGAGGGCGAAGGCGAGGGCGUCGGUGGCCGCCGGCGUGAUGCUGAUCCUCAGUGGACUCCUGUGCCUCAUCCCCGUGUCCUGGACCGCCAGUGAGAUCAUCAGGAACUUCUACAGCCCCUUGCUGGUGGACGCCCAGAGGCGAGAGCUCGGGGCGUCUCUUUACAUCGGCUGGGGCGCCGGGGGCCUGCUGCUGCUGGGAGGGGGCCUGCUGUGUGCCACCUGCCCCCCCAAGGAGGAAGACUCCCCGUCGGUGAAGUACCUCCUGAACAAGCCCAGAAAAGUGGAUUCAAUUGUGUCCUACGCGCCAUCAAAGACGUAUAUCUGACGUCUGGUUGACGACUCUGUGUUUGAAACUGAAGCUUGGAGUUUAAUCCAGAAACAUUUGUGGACGUGCAAGCGAUGAAGAAUGAAGACAAAGGGACAAAAUGAAGGAAAUGUGGACGUUAUCGUCUUGAAGGAAUCAAACUGUGGAGAUUUCUUUAAAUCUGAAUGUUACUCGUGACAUCCUCUGUGCACGGGGAAACUUUAAAGUGUGUUUUACAGGUUUGGGAAUUGAUUUGUUUCAGCACUUUGCAACUUUUGAUAUAUAUUCGAGACUCUAUUUUUCACAAUAAAUGAACUUCUGUUGUCA